CCGCCCGCCUCGGGAGAUUUCUCGCCUGCGCGCUCUGAGCCCGGGCGUUGGCCCUUGCGGCCCUUCGGGUGAGAGCGGUGGUUUUCUGGCUGCGGCCGGUGGACUGUUCCCGCGGGUCGGCAGUCGGAGCCCGGGGGCCGGGCCGGGUAGUCGAGGCGGGCCGCCCUGACCCCGGCGGUGUAGUCCCCGCUCGGACGCCGCCGCGGAGCCUUCCCUGCGCGGACUACAUUUCCCAGAGGACACUGCUGUUCUCCAAGAGAGAAGCCAGGAAGGAAAGCUGGAAAUGACUGUUGAACUAGUGAAAGCCAUAUCCCAGGACUUGGUGACAUUCAAGGAUGUGGCAGUAGACUUUUCCCAGGAGGAAUGGGAAUGGCUAAACCCUGCUCAGAGGAAUUUGUACAAGAAUAUGAUGCUGGAGAACUAUCAGAACCUGGUAUCACUGGGUCUUUGUGUCUCUAAGCCAUAUGUGAUCUCCUUAUUGGAGCAAGGGAAAGAGCCUUGGGAGACGAAGACAGAGAUGACAAGCCUAUUCCCAGAUUCGGGAUCUAUAUAUGAGACACAAGAAUUAUCUCUGAAGCACUUCAUGUAUGAUGAUGUGUUAAUAGAGAGACUUACAGGCUAUGGACUUGAGUGUUCCACUUUCAGAGAAAAUUGGAAAUGUGAAGAUCUUUUUGAGAGGCAGUUGGUAAGUCAAGAGACAUUUAUCAGGAAAGAAGUAAUCACUCAUAAUAAAACCCUUACUAAGGAGAUAGAUCACAACUAUAACAAAUCUGGGAAAUUUAUCCACCUAGGCAGUGUAGAAGAAAAUAUUUAUAAUCAAAAGUCAGAUAAAAAAAGCUUUUCCCAGAAUUCUGUGGUAGUAAAACACAAGAAAGUCUAUGCAGGAAAGAAAGUUUUUAAGUGUAACGAAUGUGAGAAAACCUUUACCCACAGCUCCUCCCUUACUGUCCAUCAGAGAAUUCAUACUGGUGAAAAACCAUAUGAAUGUAAAGAAUGUGGGAAAGCCUUCAACCAGAGUCAGCACCUUGUGCAACAUCACAGAAUACAUACAGGAGAGAAACUCUUUGAAUGUAAAGAAUGUAGGAAAGCCUUCAGCCAAAAUGUGCACCUUAUUCAACAUCAAAGAAUUCAUACUGGAGAAAAACCAUAUAAGUGUAUGGAAUGUAGAAAAGCCUUCAGCCAACCUGCACACCUUGCACAGCACCAGAGAAUUCACACUGGGGAGAAGCCCUAUGAAUGUAAGGAAUGUGGGAAAGCCUUCAGUGACGGCUCGUCCUUUGCCCGACAUCAGAGGUGUCACACUGGCAAAAGACCCUAUGAAUGCAUUGAAUGUGAGAAAGCCUUCAGGCAGAACACGUCCCUUAUUCGUCACUGGAGGUAUUACCACACUGGGGAGAAACCUUUUGAUUGCAUCGAUUGUGGGAAAGCCUUCAGUGAUCACAUAGGCCUUAUUCAGCAUAGGAGAAUUCAUACUGGAGAGAAACCAUAUAAAUGUAAAGUGUGUGGAAAAUCCUUCAGUUAUGGCUCAUCCCUUACUGUCCAUCAGAGAAUUCACACAGGAGAGAAACCUUAUGAAUGUGUUGUCUGCGGGAAAGCCUUCAGCCAUCAUGCUUCACUCACGCAGCACCAAAGAGUGCAUUCUGGAGAGAAACCUUAUGAUUGCAAGGAAUGUGGGAAAGCCUUUAGACAGAGUAUACACCUUGCGAGUCAUUUGAGAAUUCAUACUGGUGAAAAACCCUAUGAAUGUAAAGAAUGUGGAAAAGCUUUUAGCAUCAGUUCACAGCUAGCUACUCAUCAGAGAAUUCAUACUGGAGAGAAACCUUAUGAAUGUGAGGAAUGUGGUAAAGCCUUCAGCCAGAGGGCACACCUUGUCCAACAUCAUAAAAUUCAUACAGGAGAGAAACCUUAUGAGUGUAACGAAUGUGGGAAAGCCUUCAGCCAGACUACCCGCCUUAUUCAACAUCAGAGAGUUCAUACUGGAGAGAAGCCCUAUAAAUGUAGCGAAUGUGGAAAGGCUUUUAGCGACAGCUCAUCUCGUUCCCAGCAUCGGAGACUCCACACCGGCCAAAGGCCCUAUGAAUGUGUUGAAUGUGAGAAGGCAUUUAGAACAAAAUCAUCCCUUAUUUGUCAUCAAAGAUGUCAUACUGGGGAGAAACCUUAUGAAUGUAGUGUGUGUGGUAAAGCCUUUAGCCAUCGUCAAUCCCUUACUGUUCAUCAGAGAAUUCAUUCUGGAGAAAAACCGUAUGAAUGUCAGGAAUGUGGGAAAACCUUUAGCCAGAUUGGACACCUUAAUCUACAUAGAAGAAUUCACACCGGAGAGAGAUCAUAUGAAUGUAAGGAAUGUGGAAAGGUCUUCAGACAAAGUGCGCACCUUACUCACCAUCAGAAAGUUCAUGCUGCUGAGUCAUCUCAGGCAUCCAGCUCUUCCUCGUCCCAUAUGUCACCAAGCCCCGUGGAUAUAUCUGCUAGAUUUUUUUGGAAUUCAUCCACUUCUUUGAAUUCUUACUGUCCUACUCCAAAACACAGUAAUUUUACCUGGACUGUUCCAAUAUAAAAACUGGUCCUACAUCCUGUUUUAUUCCCUUCAGGUUCAUUCUUCACAUUACUGGCAUGGUGGUCUUUUAAACAUGUAAAUGUAAUUAAACUGCUCUACUCUUAAAACCCUGAUUAUGAAAAUUUAAACUAUUCGAUGCAUAUAAGUGCUUAGCAAACUGCCUGACCCAGACUAAGUGCUUGGUAAAUGUUAAGUCAGUAUCAUUGAGAAUCUGUUCAAAAUUAUUUUUAAAGAGUGAACUCUGGAAAGCAGUAUAUCAGUACUAGGAGAUCAUACUAAUUUUGGAACUGAAACUACAUCUUAAGAUGGAUAAUGAGGAUUAGCAUGUUUGUAUUUUUAAAGUUUGAUGUCAGAAUAACAUAGUGGCUUUCUCAUGACUCCAAGGCUGUAUGCCUUUGUUGGUGCAGAAAUUUAGUGUGACCUGGUACAUAGAAUGUGUUUUAGGAAGUAUCGAAAGCUCUGGAUAUACUGAAACAAAAUAAUUAGAAUUAACCCAGGAAUGUAAGAUUAUAGUUAAUCAAAGACAGAAAAGAAAAAUUCCUUAAUAUUUAAAACUGAAGCAGUAGAGAACUUGAAUAGUCUAGCCCUGUUUUAAGACACCUGGGUUCACAGAUUAGUUCUAAAUUUCCAAGGAACCACUAAUUAAACUGUUGUAGAGUAUGGAAAAACUAUUUAAAACGUAAUACUUUGAAACAUUUGGAAUACUUUCAUGAGGCUAAUUCAGUUCUGAUAUCAACCCCCCUCCCCCAAAAUGAAAUGAUAGAUUCAUUUACUUACGGUUCUAUAUAGAAAGGAAAUUUUAUUAAUCUUUAUUGAAGGAGAACAGAGGUUCUGAAUAAAUGGAGAUCCAUACAUGUUUCUAGAUGGAAGUUUCAAUACUGUAAAGAUGUCUCCAUUCACUGUUCCAGCCAUGAUAACUGUAGGAUAUUUUUAUGUCGACAGUUUUGUUCUGAAAAUCACAUAGAGUGGUAAGUAGGCAAGCAUCAUAGGAAGUUUUUGGAAAAGAUCAUAUACCCAUGAAUUCAGUGUAUUGUAAAAGUAGUAUUUUUUUUUGUUUCUAUUUAUUUAUUUUUAAGUAAUCUCUAUAGCCAGGGCUUGAACUCAACCCAAGAUCAGGAGUCGCAUGCUCCUCUGACCAUGCCAGCCAGGCGCCACACUGAAAUGGUAUUUUUGAUCUAUCAGUGGGGGAGAUGGAUUAUUAAAAUGGUGUUUGACAGUUAGUUAUCCAGCUGGAAGUAAAGUCAGAGCCACAUUUUACUCCUUACAAAGAAGUUCCCUGAAUACGGAUUAAAGAUGCAAUAGGAAACACAAAAUUCUAGAAGAGAAUAUAGAACAUUUCUAUUCCUUUGAGUUCAGGAAGACUUGGUAAGCUGAACACAGAGUCCAGAAGCCACGAAGAGAGAGUGACAGGAAGGAGCACAUAAAAGAUUUAAACCAUUUGCAUGAUAUAAGGCACUAUGCAAAGUUAGAAGGCACAUGACAGGCUGGGAGAUAUUUUAAACAUAUACAUAUUAUUACGGAUAUAGCCCUUCUAAAAAGAGCUGUUGAAAAGCAGCAAGGAUAAGUAAGAUACAGUCUGAAAACCACACCAACAAGCAACUCGCAGAUGCGGAACAUGAAAUUGUCAAAUAAAAUAGAGGAAGUUCCUAACUGCAGCAAUGAUCGGAUAAAUUGAAAUUUUAAAAAGCCCUUGCCACCAACAUAAAUCAGCACAAAUUCUGUGGAUAAUAUCCAGUACUGUUGCAGAUGUGAGAAAUAUAUUUUUAUACAUUUGGAGGAUAAAUUAGUUAAAAGCCAUUUUAGAAGCUAAUGUGUUACCUGUCAACAUUUUAAAUGUGACUAAUCACUUUGCUGUGAUUCUAAAUCUAGGAAUUUAUCUUCUUGAAAAGCACAAGUGCAGAAAUAUAGUUGCAUAAGCACAUUUAUUAUAGAAUUGUAAGAAAUUUGGAGCAGCUUAAAUGUCUAGCACUAGUAAACUAGUUAAUCAGUUAAAUUAUAGAAAAUCCAGUAGAUUACACAGUCACUGAAAAGAAUGAGGUGGAUUUUCAUACUCACAGAAGGACAUCUUAUAAUUUACUAAUUGAGGGUAUAAUUUUCAUAAUUAUAAUAUGAUUGCAUGACCAAAAAUUUAUAAAAUUAAAAUUAUGAAAAUACAUACAUAUCAGAUAUUUGUUUUUGUCUACAACACAAAUUGAAACCAGGCACAUAGAAAUACAGAUUUUUUCCCCUGGGCUGCUCUGACCUCAUUCCUUGAGAUUUUGUGUUGCCAGUUGUUCCUGGUUCACUUUAAUCCAAUCAGAAACUCUGUCCUUGGGACAUAGGAGGAAGUUGUAAAUGAGUCAUCCUUUGGCCACAACUUCAGGCUAUACUGCCUAUGUUUCUGCUGCUCGGCUCACUAGAGCUGACCAGUUUAUUCUUUCCAAGUUGUAUCCUCCUAGUAUCUUGUUUUCAUUUUAAAUUUAGAUUAAGUUCUUUUGCCGUCAACCAAAGAAACCUAACCGAUACAGAAGUUGGUAUCCUUGAAUGAAUUUCAGGCAAAACAUCCUGAGAAAAUGUGGGUUAUUAUUAAAGAUUGGUUAUUGGAUGAAACGGAGCAAAGGAUUGCAAGGCCUCUCUUUGUGGUCUGUGCUUUGAUAGCAACAGUGCAACAGCUAAUCAUCUGUGGUCGAGAUCGUUUUUGGACCAAUCAAAAGGCCAAGAAAUGCCAGUCUGAGGGGUUUGUAUGAUGCUUGUUCAUAAUGGAAUUGGAGAAUAUAACGCAAAAGCAAUAAUGACUUUUAAAAUUUUUUGCUUUAAAGCAUGGACUAGAACACCAGCCAUUUUUGUAGCAUGGUUAAAAGACUCUUCCUUGUAGCUCUGUCUUUGAUUGCUAAAUAUGAAAGAAUGAACUACAAUGCCAAGUGAAUUCACAAUUCUGGCAGAUUUCUUAAGUAAAUUGUUUGACAUUAAGGGGCAUUUGGUAUCCUGGUUGUUGGAAUGAUGGUUUGCGGGAGAAUAGGGGGAUUUUAAAACUCUUAAGCCCAUAAGAAACCUUAAGAAACCAUAUCAACUAAUUAUCCUUCGCCUGAGAUAGCUGUGGAUGAAGGUUAGAGGUUAGCCUAUUUCCCUUUUAGCUCACCAACACUGUGGCUUCAUUGAUUUAGAAAAGAAAGAAAAUCUGAUUCUAAAGUGGCCUAGAGGGGUGCCUGG